CCCGCGUUGUUCGAGCGCGUGUUCUCGUAUCCUCCCUUUGUACCUUCGAAGGUCUUGGUUUUGUUUGCAAAAAAUCCAUCUUUUUCGAAAGAGUAAAGCUGAAAUUAGCGAUGAAAGUGAUUGUGUGUUUCGGGGAGACUCGUAUUUUAGUUCCUUGUGAUACAGGCGAAGAUACAACCGUGAAAGAAUUGAGCGAAAUAGCUGUCGCAAAAUUCAAGAAAGUCACCAACAAGGUAUAUUGCGCCAUUAUCCUACUGUAACCUCGUAGUUUCGCUCAAAGUACCUACAUCACCUUGGACUUGGUAGUAAAUACAGUUCUAUUUACCUUUGGCGAUUGUUUUUGUCGAUGUUAUUGUGAUUUCACACCUUCUUUUAUGCUUUGUAUAGCAUUUCGUGUUUUGUAUUUGUCGUGGGUUUGGCUGUUUGCGACAGAUAUUUUGUGAUAAUGAUUUAUACAUGCCAUGGUUGUCGAGUGUCUUGUCUCUUCCUUGGCCAAUGAGUUUGACCUAUAAAAUUGACCCGCUAUUUUUUGUGUUUCUUUUGCAUUGAUUGUCGUUGAUUUUGGAGGUUUUAUACAUAGAAGAAAGGGCGAAAAAUAAUUGUGGCUGUGUACAUUGGAUAUUUUUGCAUAAUUUUGUUCAUCUUGGGGCCAGUUGAGUUGUUCAAAAGCCGAUAUAAAGCCAACCCUAGGUUUGUAACCUGAAAUUCAAAGCAAACUUCCUAAUAGCUUGUUUACAAAUUUGGAAAUAUGUCUUCGCAAAUCUUGUCUGGAUCAAUUAGCCUUUCUCACGAAGGCCAAAAUGUCUGCCCUCGUGAAAGAUUCUAGACAUUUCAAACAACGUGAAAAGCGACAGUUGUAACUGUAAAUUUACCAUUAUACCAACAGCUGAAUACUAAAAAGUUGUAUUUUGUGGUGUGGAGACACUCAAAUGUGGGAGAAGCAUUACCCCAAAAAUGGAGGCAAAAUUGGCUGCAGUGACAGAAAUUCACUUUGCCCCCCCCCCAAUGGGGGGCAAAGUGAAUUGUCCCCCCCCCCGGUGGGGGGCAAAGUGAAUUGUCCCCCCCCCCGGUGGGGGCAAAGUGAAUUUUCUGACAAACCCCAAAUUUCUGACAAACCCCAAUUUUCUGACAAACCCCCGUUUGCACUCAAAAAGACUGUUUUUAGUCCUCCGUUAGGUCAAAAUUUCCGAAAAUUCAUCAAUUUUCCGUGAAGGUGGGAGGCGCCCUCCCCACCAACUGAUUGGCCGUGAGAAAGCCUAAUGUCAGAAAUUUCUGAAUAAUGAAGCCGGAUGUCAGAAAUUUCCUUGGGGGGGGGGUGCAGAUCUUUUCUGGAAUGAUUCACUUUUAGAAUUGAAUAAAGCCACCAGAUCUCACUGACACUUUGAUUUUUCAGAAUCCAGAUGAAGACAUCAAAAUAUCAUAUCUUAAGACUCAAUCUGAAGGAGCGAUGGUUGAUCCUGAUGAUAAAGUUGCUAAUGUUGCAGAGGAUAAAGAGAUUGUAAGUGAUUAAAAUAAUAUAUUAAUAGUAGCAUAAAGACAUGGAAAAAUAUCUGGGUUUCCAGUUAAAUGUUGAGUCACUUGUAAUGCAUUUGUAUAAUUAUACAGUUUACCGCAGUAUUGGAAGAGCCAUUGCCGACUCAGCUUCCGCUGAUCAACACAAGUAAUGGACAACUUGUUCUGGCUGUGAUCAACAAUGAUGGCAGUCAAACCACAGAUUCCAUUGCAAGUUCACUUCAACUUGGCUCUGGUGGAAACCUUGGCAAUCUUUCACCAGUAUUUGCUAACGCCAUAAUGGGAAUGUUGCAACAGAGCAUGUCCCAACAACAACCUGGUGUGUCCCCUACCACAGCAACAGGAAACACAAGCAAUCUUCCUCAACUGCAACCUGCCACACAAGGUAUUUAAUAAGUUUCAGAGCUGCCAAGUUCAGACAAUUAAAACCCUGGAAGUCCAUUAUAAACAGAAUCAUGGGCGGAGGGGGCGGCAGCCCCCAAGUUUGUUGGGCAAACAAAGCCAGUCAGGCAAUAUUCGCUUCACAGUCUGGCAAUAUUGGCUUAUUAUAAAAAUAAAUUUUGUCAAUUUUGUGGGAAAUUCUGUCAAUUUUGUGGGAAAUAUGCUAUAUAAUAGGAAUUAUUCGUAAUCAUUCCUCCCCCAUUGACAACAAUUUUGGAAAGUUUCUCCGGAAAAUUUUUUUGACAACUCGGGCACAAUCCGAAAAAGUCGGGUGGCCCCCCUAAUUUUUUCCUUCCUGUACGCCCAUGAACAGAAUGGGGAAAACAUGAUCGCAUGCAAUUCAUUGUCAUUCCCGGCCUCUAGUUCAAUACAUUUUCUUUAUUUUUCAGCUGAGAAUGAUGAUAAUGCAACUGAGGAAGGUGAGGAAUCUGACGGCAAGGAUGAGAAGAAAGAUUUCAGCUGUGAUCAAUGUCUCAAGAAAUUUAAACAAUCUUGGAAAUUGCGUCAACAUUUAAUUGCUCAUGCCAGACGAGAUGAAAUGAAGAAGUAUGAGUGUGACAAGUGUGCCGCCUCAUUCAUUUCAGAAUGGCUGCUUCUUCGUCAUGCCAAAAUUCAUACAGGUUUGUUUGUUUUAGUUUACUAUUUGCUUUAAAUUUAACUUGAGCAUGAAUGAAAGGAUGUUUAUUUUAUUUCAUUACAGGCACAACCAAGCCUCGUUUCUGCUUGGUGUGUAACCGAGCAUUUCGAGGAUCCACAGAUCUCAAAGUGCACAUGCGCACUCACACUGGCGAAAAGCCAUUCAAAUGUGAAACCUGUGGAAAAGCCUUCGGGGACCGUUCGGCUCUCCGUCGGCACACAAUGACGCACACCGGAGAGAAACCUCGGCCUUGCCCGCACUGCCCGAAGGCUUUCAGGCAGACCGCGCCUCUCAUUCAUCACAUGCGACAACACCAUAAUAUCGAUAUUCGACGUCGUUGUGAUGUAUGCUAUAUGUCGUUCUGCGAAGAUGAACCUUACCUGUUGCAUAUGGCUAAUGUUCAUCAUAAGAAUAUCACAUUGGAAGAGUUAAAGAAGGAUGAAGGUGACGGGAGUAGUGGGAUGGAAAUGGAACAACAAGAACUUGAGAAUGAAGAGGGCGUUGAUGGUGAAGGUAUGUAUUCAAUGUUGCCAACUUUUCAACUUGAUGCUUCGGGGAAAUGGAUCCCAGAAUUGAAUUUUUCAUGCUCAAGUUAGGGUAGCUACAGGUACGUAUAGCUUUUCAGAACAGUGAUGUUCAUUAGCUCCAUUCAGCAAUUGCUUUUGUGUUCAGACGAAUGAAGUUGCUUCGUUCUUUAGACAAUCGCCGUCCAGUUGAAGGAGGUUUUCAAAACGACCCUGAAAUUAGUCUAUCCUCAAAGUCCAUCCUUUUUGGACAGUUAGGUCGCGGGUUAUAAAGCUUUGAAAAUUUUGUGUUUUGUAUAGUAGAAUUUCUUCUGUAAGGAGAUAUUUCAUGGUCGCUUUGACCACAAAACACCAUGCCUUAUUUCACCAUACAUUUUACCUGAAUAUCUAUCAGGCCAAAAAAAAAUAUGUGGGUUUCCGGUUUCCCGACCCUACCUAGCUUUUGGACGUCGAAAUCCCGACCCUAAACUUUUUUAUUGGAUCAUGCUUGUAAGCGUUUCCACUUAGAGGAAAAACUUUGUGGAAAAUUGAAAUUUGAGGCAAUAUUAGGGAAAUUUAUCUUUGGAUGUGGAAGCACUGACUAAACAAAAUGCCGUCCGGUUGUUCGGAAAAUUUUAAAAAAAAGUUUAAAAAAAAAGUUAAAACCGACCUACGGCUACCCUACCUAAGUUUUUAUAAGAAGAAACCGGAAACCCACAUAUUUUUUUUUGGCCUCGCCUGUAUAUCAAGGUGUAGUUGGUGAUGAUGAUCAAAUGGUAGGUGAUGGUAUUGAGAAUGGUAAACAUGGCAUGGUGAGCAACGCACAUUUGGUUCAACAUUGUGAUGACGAGGUUAAGGAUGGGGAGAACAACGAGCAAGUUGUCGCUGAGAGAAGUCUACAAGACGCGUGAGUGAAAUCUUUUGAAGAAAAAUAUAUAUUGUGUGGUGUUUAUUGAUGCCAGUGAGAAGGUAUAUAAAAAUAACCGCUAUGUUCGUCUUGCAGAUACAUUACUGACUCUGGCGAUGGAGAGCAAGGUGAAUCUAUCACCAUCACAGCUGUUGCAGCUGGUCAAGACGGCCAGGAAAUAGUCUUGCCUGCUGACCUGGUUGUAGCCCAUCAGCUCAUCGCCGUUCAACAGUCAAACAUGGAUGUUUAAGAAGCAUUAUGUACAUUUCAGACAAUAUGAUUUAUGUACAUGUUAAGUUGAUUCAUCAGUAAUUGUUCUGGAAAUGAGAAUUUGCUAAAACUUCCCAGGGGUGAAGUUUAUAAUAUGCUCAUAGUAAAAAAAGAAGAAAAUAGUCAGGGUUACCGAACUCGUUUCAACUACCGUAUAUGACAAGUGCAAUAUGCCACCUCUUCACCCAUAUGGCGCUAUCUUGACCCAUUUAUGUGUUAACAAGGAUCCUAUACUGAUGCCUAUAACAAGGAUCCUAUACUGAGUCUAUCUACUGAUUAUAUACUAGAAAACAUGGUAUUUCAGCGAAUCAACAACCAUUGACGUGCAUUGUCGUGGUGCAAAGAUGUAUUUUCCCAUCUCAGACAUGUUAUUUUGGGAAGCAUCUGUUAUAUUUCCUGAAGCACGCCUAAUCAAUGCAGCGUGCUUUUCUCUUUGCCCUUACUUUUUAUUUAACACUUUACAUUGCAUUUCAACUAAAUAUAUUUAAUUAGCUAAGGCCCGGUCUAAACGCCGCAUUUUACAUGCGCCGAAUCAAAUUAUUGAAUUACAUGCAUGUAAAAUGCGACGUUUAAAUCAAUUAAAUUCGACAGGUUUGAAUUAAGUGCGACUUCAGUCGAACAUUCGACUGACUCAGUCGAAUAUUCGACUAAAAGUCGAUUGUUGAUUUAAACGCCGCAUUUUACAUGAGUCGAAUCUAAUGCAUAAAUUAUGUUAAAAUAUUAUUACCUAUAACUCCACGGUUUCAUGCAAAACGACAUGCGCAGAUAGGCGUAUAUACAGCUACAACAAGCAUGGCCGAAGUUGAUGACUGUUUUUCUUGUUCAAUCGAGACGAAAUACGCUUGUUUAACAACUCUUUCUCGACAUAUAUGAUAUAUCGCAAUUACAGUAUUAUGAUUCAAUUGUUUCUAUAAUGUAAAUAUCUCAGCGAGUAUUUACUCCCUUUUACAGUAAACGAAAACCACCAUUGAAAUUCUCACAAAAUACCCGUUUAAACGGAGGGUCAAAUGCCGUUAAAACAUUACACAAACUCCAAAACAAUCAUACAUUUACUCAUGCACCCUUGGCCAAACAUUCUGAAUACUAAACUUUUCGUUAUUCUCUCAAAGGCCAUGGAAGUAAAAUGUAUUCAAGCGCUCUCAUGUUACAAAGUUACGUUUGAAUAGAGUGAAUAUACGGCGAGAAGAAACAUUUAUUUGGAAUUUUUCAAGAUAUCGGGUUUUACUCGCACGCGCCACGCACUACUGAAUACUUGACAAAUAAGAAGCACCAUGCAUCUUCUGCCUUCUCCUUGCCAAGAGGUUAUUUACUGCCAUAUCCAUUAACAGUCGUCGUUUUCUGUUGGCAUGAAUGAUGUUUGAUAGGCAUAAACGCAAAGUUUUUUCUCUUACAACUUCAUCCGCCAUGUAUAGUUUGGAUUUGGCGCCAUUUGACGUGCUUUGCAAAUUAAUUAAAUUCGACAAUUAAAUUCGACGUCUGAAUUAAAAUUUGAAAAAUGUCAAUUCAAGUCGACUCGAAUAUGUAUUUGAUUCGACGCAUGUAAAAUGCGGCGUUUAGACUUGGCCUAAUAUUAACAAUAUUAACUAGGUUUUGUUAUUAGAUAUGCGCUGUAAAAGUGCGCAAUGCAAAACUGAUGAAUCACCUUAAAGGCAUUCAGUUAGAUUUAGAGACAGUCCUUUAGGUGUACGGGGCCAAUUCGUUCCGGGGAGGAGGUUAAAUUAAAGUUUGCCAUUGUACGAUUGUUUUCACCACAUUACAUAUCUAAGAGGCUGUUUAUAUAGAAGCCGGGCUGACCGGCUUAGCGAGACAGGUUCGGUAAGCGAAAUCUCCCUGUGUAGUUAUUUUUAUGGUAAAAAUUACCAUGCGUUUCUAUGGCUGGCCCGGUUGCCGAGGUCUCGCUUGAAAGAGGCGAGAUCCACUUACCGGGAUGAAGAUUUCUCCAUAGAAACACUUGCAAGCUAUUUUGAACUGUCAAAACAACGAAAUUGUCCCGGCAAAUGGGAUGGCAUUUCCUCAUUAUUAUUAUUAUUAAAACUUAUUUACAAACAAUAACCCUUCAGCCUACGCUGCUUUUAAAGGGGUUGUUUACAUAAAAUAAAGUACAAAAUAAAUAUUUACAAAAUAGUAUAAGUAUUUACAAAAUAGUGUAGUUGACUAGGAGUCUUUACAAUUGGAUAUUUUUUUUCAACGUAGGUGAUUGUUGAGCUUAGUUUUAAAAGAAUGUAUCGUCAACUGUUCGUAAACGUCUAAGAUUUCGUUAGGUAAUGAGUUCCAGGCGGAAGCUCCUCGAUAUGAAAAUGACUUUUUCAUAAAUGAUCUAUUAGGUUUAUCGAGAGUUAGUUUCCGCCCGUUGCUCCGCAUGUGGUGACUUCUAUUAUCACAGUAGGAGAACAUAUUACUGAUGCACUCCGGCGCUAUACCUCGGAUAGCCUUAAACGUAAUUAGAAAUUCUCUUUUUUUAAGAAUGUUAUUAAUUGGAUGCCAACCUAGACUCUGGAGGAUUGUUUUUGAUCUUGUUUCAUAGUUUAAUCCAGUAAUUAUACGAGCGGC